AUGUGGCUACGGCCGUGGCUGCAACAAAAUCCGCCGCAGAACACCAAUCCCAGCUGGCCGCCAACUAAUGUGAAUAAUAUCUGGUCACGUCCUUGGUUCCAGCAGGAUCAGCCGCAGAGCAACACGAACUUUUGGCAGAGCCAGUGGUGGAACAAUCGGACGCAACAACCGCCUAUCAACCCCAACUGGCCCAGUCAGAGUCCUCCGUACAAUUUUGGCGGCUUUGAUUUUCUAUCCAACUUAAACCCCGGAUCCGUCGUUAUUGUCAAUCCCACCAACAUGCAAGAUAUUUAUUGGCCAGUUAACAGCUCCAGUUUGGCAAUGCCAGCAGCUCGGUCCGCCAGCUCAGAAGGUCAAGGUUUCAAUGCCUUUAAGGAUUUGUUUCAGGGUCUGGGCAAUCGCUAUGAGAAGUCCGAUUCCAUGGACAGUUUUUCAGAAGAUGCGCGCGAGGACGAAUUGGUGCCGACGCGUUUCCUAAACUCCAAGCCACUAAUCUUUCUGCUUCCAAAGGACAAACAGCGGAGGCGUAUCCAGGAAGCCGCCGCCGGCAUCUAUGUCAAGAACUUCAAUGUGCAUAAGUAA